AUGGAUUUCAAUCCAGACUCAGUCAAAUGGAGAUGUUGUUGCUGCUCAUUACCAUCCGGAAUGAGACUUCUCGCCUCUAUAGAAUUGGCCUUCUGUACCCUCAUUGGAACAAUCGCAAUGUACAACAUAGUUCAUCAAAAACCUGAGGAAUUGACCGCAUUCGAAAUAUGCCUCGUUGGACUGAUGCUCUUUUUCGGUCUCACAUGUGUAAUGCUGAUAAUUGGAGUUCAAAAACACGCCCACACUCUGAUAUACCCUUCUCUACUGGCUCGUGGUCUUACUGUAUUGUUCCUCGCCGUUUUCGGUGUUUCGACAGUUUUCGCGUCAUCCAAAUCUCCACAUUCUCCAUCCGAACAUCAAGCAUGGAGAGAUGAAGGAGCUAAAAUCGAUGACGAUGAACCGAAUAUUGCAUUGCAACUCGUUUUGUUCGUCUUUUGCAUGCUCUUUCUCAUUAUUGCAAUCUUCUAUUGUUCCUAUUUGGUUGUUCGAUUGAUCCAUUUUGAACAGUCAUAUGCGAGGUUAAAGGAAAGAAGAAGCUCGCUGAUUCAAGCAGGGAUGAUUGAUCCCGAUUUUCCAAGUCCCAACAAUUAUUCCGCAUCUAGACGUGCUUCUUCUGCAUAG